AUGGAGAGUAUCUGCGCCCUUUUCGUCACCCUGAUUCUAGUACUUCCCCUCGUCGUUCAGCUGCAGAUGCUAAUCGCAGACCCAAAGAAGCUAUGCACGAUUUUCCACUACUACGCGUCCACCCCGUUGGAAGAUAGCAAGAAAACCUCGUCGCCAAACAUUCUGCAACACUACACGGUAGAGCCGUCGGUAUUCAACGCAGCCGACUCCGAUUCGAAGAUAUUGUUGACCAACCUGAGGAGAAUCUCGUCCUCGCCGCCAGGCAACGUCGGAGCAUCGAUCCACGAUCGGACGGCGACGGAGGCGACCGGGAAGAAUGGGACGAGUCCGGGAGCGAUUCAGCUCGCGAGACACUCGUCUACGUUCGUGAAAACCGAUCAAGUGCUGCCCGUAGUAGACAUCGGCUGGACGUACAGCUCGUAUCGAUACAAAACGUUCGGGCAUUGCCUGCGAAAUUAUUACGGCGACAAAUACCCGCCGGGGGAGGUGGUGUUGAACCUGAUGCAGCUGAAUUUAUUAGACUCGUGCACGAACGUGGCGGAGAUGCUCACCGGUGGACUGUUCGACUUCCUGAAGGAGGAGAAGGCCGGGUCGCACUCGGUAGCCAGCAAGCCCGAAAUUGAAUAUCUUAAUCCGUUGGAUCACUUUGUGGUGAGGCCGACCGGGGCCUCGGAUACCGUCGAGAGAUUCACCGAGACGGACGGACGGAACCGGUGCCACGAUGAUACGUCGUCGAUUACGUUCCUAGGGGAAGCUACUGUUAUCGGUCCCGUAAUCAACGGCCGAGAAAAGAAUCAGCUGGAUCGAAGAUCCUCCAGGAAGAUAGAGGCCCCUUGCAAAUACUAUUUGUCCUCGUCCAGGCGUGUUUACGGGACGAAUGACUCUCGAUCCGGUAGGAAUCCGACGCUCGUGGAACGCGGCCGUUCACAAACGGCUGCUGGAUGCUACGGGAUCGAUUAG